AUGUCUACUGUUGAAGAAUUGCAAAAGAAAGUUCGAGAAUUAGAGGCAAAGUUAGCGGCGGUACAGGGAAAUGUGGCACCCGUUAGGCAGAAAAUUGAUGUUAUGUCUGCGGAGGUUGUUGAUUCCAAUCCCUACAGUCGUCUGAUGGCUUUAAAACGGAUGGGCAUUGUGGACAACUAUGAGAAGAUACGUGAGCUGUCUGUGGCUGUAGUUGGUGUGGGUGGUGUUGGCAGUGUCACUGCUGAAAUGUUGACGCGCUGUGGAAUUGGCAAGUUGAUACUAUUCGACUAUGAUAAAGUGGAGCUGGCAAACAUGAAUCGUCUGUUCUUCCAACCUCAUCAGGCUGGACUUAGCAAGGUGGAUGCGGCCGCUGCCACUCUGCAAGCCAUCAACCCUGAUGUGACUAUAGACGCCCACAAUUACAACAUCACCACUGUGGAUAACUUUCAGAAGUUUUGUGACACUAUUAGCACUGGAAGCCUGACUGGUGGGCCAGUGAACCUGGUGCUGAGCUGUGUGGACAACUUCGAGGCUCGCAUGGCAAUCAACACAGCUUGCAAUGAACUCUCACAGAACUGGUUCGAGUCGGGAGUCAGUGAGAAUGCCGUCUCUGGUCACAUACAGUUCAUUGCGCCUGGAGAGACUGCUUGCUUUGCGUGUGCUCCACCACUCGUGGUCGCGUCAAACAUCGACGAGAAAACAUUGAAACGGGACGGAGUGUGCGCUGCCAGUCUCCCCACCACCAUGGGCAUUGUUGCCGGCUUCUUGGUUCAAAACGCCCUGAAGUACCUGCUUGGUUUCGGCACAGUCACCUAUUACUUGGGGUACAGCGCGCUGACUGACUUCUUUCCGACCAUGUGCUUGAAGCCGAACCCGCAGUGCUCGGACUCGCAGUGCGUCGUGCGGCAGAAGGAGGCGCGCGCGCGGCCGCCGCCCGUCGAGCUCGCGGCCGAAGUGUGCGAGGACGCGCGCCCGCUGCACGCCGACAACAGCUGGGGAAUUUGCCUCAUCGAUGAAAAUGCACCUGAAGAGGAGGACUCGUCCAAUUUAAGGCUAGCCGAAGGUGUUCAGGUGGCGUACAGCGUGGCGCUGGACAGCAGCACGGAGUCCAGCACGGGCGGCGCCGUGGCCGCCUCCGAGCUCUCGCUCGAGGACCUCAUGGCGCAGAUGAAGGCCAUGUAG